AAAGUUCAUUUAUAUCAGGAAUUCAACUUAAAAUGUGAAACUAAUAUAUUAUAUAGGCUCAUUGCUUGGAAAGUGAGAUAUUUCAAGACUUUAUGUGUUAUAAUUUUGAUGAUUAUAGCUUACAGCUUGUGAAACCCACAAAAUCAAAAUUUCAUAAAAUUGGAAUAUUACAUGAAAUCACACAGUAUUGCACAGUAAUCCCAUGGUCAUUGAACCAGGUUUUGGUUAUUUUGGCAGUGUGUGCAGGUGAAAAUCCUGCUGGAAAAUCAUCUUCAUCUUCAUAAAGCAUCUUCAUAAAGCUUUUCUGCUGAAGGAAGCAUGAAGUGCUCUAAAUGUCCUGGAAGUCCAUGUAUACAUCCACAUUCACACACACAAACACAAACACACACACACACACAGAAAUAGAGUUGACUUUCUGACUUGGCUUAUAUGCAUGUUUAGUGUGUAAGUAUUUAUAAUGCAUAAUAAUGAUAAUAUACAUAGUAAUAUGCAUACAAGCUACAAUAUUGAUAGUUUCACAGCAGCUUUACAAUAGUAACAAAUUCAAAACAAAUUCUGCUGUAAAGCAGUUCUAACAAGCCAAUAGUGUCAAUAUUCAGCUCAAGUCACUUCAGUCUUGAUUCAAUUCAGUUCAAUAACUGUAAAAUUCAAAAGUUGUGCAUACAUCAGUUUAAUUAGUGUAAAUGUACAUGUGAUAAACUCUUAUACACUGCACUUAACAAGCAAAAGACACAAGAUAGUGUUUUACAUUUUUCACAUCUAUGUGUAGUUUGGUGUGUAUGUGGAUAAUAUUUGUGUGCAAUUUUUGGUAGAGUUAAAAUAGCUUUGAACUAAGAGUUUGCUUUUGCAAGAGAUGUCCAAUGUUUUAAUUUUGUUUGUUUUGUGGUUUUAUGUGCUGAGUUUCAAGAAGCCAUAUCAGAAAUUGUGUGUGUGAGAAAAAUGUGGAAAAAAUCCUGUUUAUUUUAGUUCAGGACUCCAUAAUGCAGGUGUUACUAAUCUGUACUUAAUCUUUGUUUUAGACAGCAAGUUUUUUUUUUUUUUUUUUAAGCCAUUUACUAUUUAUCAAGGCCUAUUCACAAUUUAAACCUUGCAGGAAACUGCCCCUUGAAAAUGGGGUGUGAGCUCAUUUUAAAUUACAAUUACAGACAAACACAAUUUAACUUAACUAUUAACACACAAACAAUUGUACUUUUCACAUUUAUGUUUAUAGAAAUCAUUCACAGCGCAAGGCAGAAAAAUAAAGAGAACAACUGAAUGUUAUUAAGAGCUUUUGGUAUUGGACUUGGUUUUGCAGUGCCCCCUUUUCAUUACAAAACUGCUUAGCAAUGCUUUAGUUUUUUUUUUUUUUGGUCAUUAAAUUUGCCUAUUUUCACAUGUACCGGUAACCUUUAAACAUUUCCCGUUUUCCCCCAGACCUCUUAUAUCAAUUAAUUACGGUAUGUUUAAAAAAAUAGGUAUCAUUAUAUUAAUAGGUGGAUUAAUGGAUUUACCUAAAUUGCUGGAUUUAUUCAAUCAUUUUAAUAGUAAAAUAACAUAUUUUUCAUAUUAUUUCACUUAAAUACAAAAAACCUUUCAGUAGGCUACAUGCAUGCAAUGACCAGUUAAAUAGACCAUCCAUUAAGUGUCUCUUGUGUCCUUUUUUGGAAAAGAUAAUUAUAAAUAAAAUGGCAUUUCAUGAUUAUUGUCGCUAGAUGGCCUUAACGAGAUAUAGAGGACAUUAACUGGAACAACGAGGAAAGGCCGAGUGCUCUUAAAUUCCCAUCGAAUGUAACAUCAGCACGAUAAUGACACUGAGGAGCAGACUUGAGGCUUUAAAUACAAGAUUUAAUGCAUUAAUUCAAAAUCGAUUGAGAAAUGAAGACGAAGACAACAAUUUGUCAACAGAACACAACACAAUUGACAGACUGAGAAUGUUCCAAAGCAACAUCCCCAAUGAAGUCCCAGCCACGACUAGGAGGAGAGCUGCUAGGCAGAGCAUCAUUAGGAUUUCUUUCAUUGAAAAUAGCGGGGAGCAUCUCAUCACAACACAACGUACAACGGUUAAAAAACUAGUUGUGCCAUUUUCAAUGAAUGAGAGAGCAUUUCUUCAGAAAAUUAGGGAAGCGUUUCUGAUAAUUGGAGAGGGUGGAAUUGAAAUCUGCAGAGUUGACAGGAGGAGAAGGGUAAUACCUGCUGAGCUGAGCUCAGUUUGCCCUUCAGUUAUAAAAGCAUGUCCACAGUUUGGCAGGUCAGCGGUAUAUGUGAGGCUUAAGAACACCUACAGUUUGGCUGGCACACAACAUGAGAGCAGCAAUGAGGUGAACUGUCAAAGCAGUACUACUAACACAUCCAGUUCGGCUGGCACACAACGUCAGAGCAGAAAUGAGGUGAACUGUCAAAGCAGUACUACUGAUCCAAUUUGUGGAAUCGUAGAAAAUGUAGGUAAUGCAGGAACAAGUAGCAUGGAUCAUCAGCGGCGCCAGUUGGAAUCCUUUGAACAAAGGCGAAGACAGGUAUUUAUUUAUUUACUUUUUUCUGUUUUAAUCACGUUUUCCUAUAUAUGAUAUAAUGUGUGUGUGUAACAUUUAUACAUUUUUUUUUUUUUUUUAAAGAAAAUUGCUGAAAGGAGGGCACA